UUUUUCUUUUUUCUUUCUUUUUUUACGAGUAAAAUAUAGUCUGCUGGUCGUUGGCUAGCGCCGCUCGUAAAUUGGUUCCCGACCUUGCCUGCGUGGAAAAUCGAAGCUUUCCGAUGUUGCCUGUGGAUUCCGCAACGGACACGUAAACGUUAUCUCAUUGUCGCUCCGUUUUAUCGAUCUGGCGGUAGCCUCCUUUUAUUGCGGCGCGAAAAGUAAAAGCCCGUAUCUUAAACGAAUCGCGCGAAAUUGUCGUGAAACGGCGAUGAAGUAGAUUUAGACGAGAUCCGCAAUUUGAAGAAGUCGGAGUCAUUUUUAGAUACCGUUGUAUUUUACGUGGAUGCAAGUAGGCUGUCAUAACUCGCGCUGAAACUGGAUACUUUAGUUUCAGAUAUUUUUACGAAGAGCAGCAUACAAUUUUUCGUUAUGCUCUCAAAAUGGUUCCAUUCGCAGAUAUCACCUUACACGAGGAAAAGAGAAUGAAUUAAUAAAAGGAAUAAGAAUUAAAUAAAUUCGGCUCUCGCGGGCAAACUUAAUGCUAAAUUUUUAUGAUGGACUUAAUAACGCCAUCACUUCAUCACGGUGCUAUUCCUCUACAUUAGUCUACUCUUUCUUUUUCUGAUCCGUGCGGAUAGCGGACGUAUGCGGUUUCGCGCGCGCGCGCGAAAAAAGCGGCAGCUCUGCGCUCUUGAUCAGGCAUUAUAUUUCCACCGAUUAAUUAUCUUGCAGCGAUAUGUCAAAUCCCCUCGUCCAUUGCUCUUCGUGCACCCUCGGCGUUGGUCGCCCGCGAUCGGUCAAGUUCGCCCCAGUUCGCACGCGCCGAAAGGGCGGUGGGGCUUGCAAGCUUUCAAGCGCAGAGCUUCCCGUCACUCGUCGUUUUGCGCCGCUCGCGGGCACUUCGCGGAUUGUCGCGGAAGAGUGUGCGUAUAUUUCCGGUGAACGCGUGUGUGUUACGGGUGCGCGUGACGUUCGUGCAAUCCCUUCGAACUGCGUAUCGGCCAGCGAUCGAUACACCCUCGCCGUGAGAUCGACGUGCGAGCCAUCACGAUCGAUCGCGAUCGCGAGAUAUCGGUGAAACUUUCCGACGCACCCCCAUCGAUUGCCGGCAGCUCGCAGCUUCAUCCCAUCAAAAUUCCCGGCGCCGCGAGUGGCUGGAGCACUUUUGGGGUCCGGGUUCGUUGGAUUACCUUGACUGGAGUGCCGCUCGACGAUGGCAUAAUAGAGAACGCGGAAGUGCCACGGUUAGGAUCUGGAUUUCGUGUAAACGUAGAGAGAGCGAGAGCGAGAGCGAGAGCGAGAACGAAAGAGAACGAGAGAGGAAGAGAGCGAGAGAGAGAGAGAGAGAUCGAAUUCGAAUCUAUUGUAUUUUAUUGUACUGAACGUUCAGGUUUAGCAUCUGAAAUUCAACGAGUACGAAGCGGAGUUUGAUCCUGCGGAGUUGAUGCUUCGUUACGGAUUAAUCAUGUGGGAUUAGAGGUCGUUGCUACGGGGGCAAUGCACGACGGGUAAACGUGUAUAUGAAAUUGAGAAGGAAUCGGUCUUUCUCGUGUGUGCGUGCGUAUAUGUGUGUAUGUGGGUGUGUGUGUGUAUGGGUGCGCGCGCGUGUGUGUGAGAUGAUCUUUGUUACACUCCAUCGUUGAUUUACGGUUUUCAUAUAAAGAAUUCUUCUAUUUCUACUGCAGCAUUUAUCUUUCUCUAAAUAAAAAUUUAAAUAACUCGUUAUCUCUGUGUGCGAUCCAUCACUUUUAAUUUGAUUCGCUAUAUAUAUAUUUAGACAGUGUUUUAAAACACAAUUCCAACUACGAACGAAAUUAAAUUGAUUUUAAUUUUAAUUAAUUCAGUUCUUCUAAACUAUUCGGUACAUUAGUUUACAGUAAACGACAAUCUAUAAAUAAUUAUGUCAAGGAAUGUAAUUUUUGUAAUAACGGUAUUAAUUGAAAUAGUGUAAUAUAUUUUAUGCAGAGUGCAAUGUUAACAUACGAUCGAAUUAUUAAAGAUAUUUAUACAGAAUAUAUCUAUAUAUGUCGAUUGACGUCAUCACCAAAAAGAUCUUUAAUUUUUACCGAAUUUAUCAGAAGCUUCGAGCUUGUAAUGAAGCAUUUAAAUAUUUUUAUUGAAUCAGGUGAACGAGAAAAUUGGUUUAACAAUAUAUUUUUGCGAAAGUGCUUUUUUACACUCAAUCGUUCAUAAAUAUAUAAGCUGAAGCAAAUUACAAAUAAUAAUAAUUUUGCGUUUUGUGUGAAUGUGCCCAUUGUUUUAGUUGUAAAAUUCGAAAUACAUUCUGAAAAAUUUCGUUCAAUUCACACGGUCAAUUCAAAACUAAAAUCUUGUGCAAUUUAUCGUCGCAAUAAAUUUGCUCUGCUAUCGGCGACAAGAUAAAAUAAUGAAAUGGAACAAGCUAUUCAUCACACUACAAUUCUCAAUUUGUCGAGAAAAGCUCUUUUUACGAUUAACGGAUCACCGCGAUCGUUUUUGCAUUUUUAACAUCGUGAAUGUACCACGAGAGUGCGAAAAGCUUUGUUCGCUGCGCGCAACAAUGUUCAUAUGUGUCUCCGGGUGUUUCACGUUGUGUAAACCGAGCACAACGCGAGAGGGAGAGUAUCCAUGCACGGUGCGAAACGCGUGUUUAUUAAACCAUGUUCCAUUAUGAAAAUUGUAAAAUGGGAAAGAUCGUAGAAUGCUCGUCGGAUAUCAGCGAGGCGUUCUGCACGCGCGAUUUCAUUUGCACACUACGCGUGUGCGGGCGAGACGCGUGAGCAGAACCUACACGGCAAUUGAAUUUCGCAAUGGCUCGAUAAUUCGCAAUUAAACCAUCUAUCCGACAUUGUUGUACAGUGAAUGGGCUCGCGCGUACGCGCGAAAGAGGCCGCGUCCGAUAAACCAAUAAAAACUGCUCGCGUUUAUAGAUAGCUGGAACCUCGGCGCGAUUGUAAAUGGUUUAUUAGAUCGGUUGGUAAUAUUACAACCGGUAAUCCGAGUCAACGCGAACGUAACAAUAAACGUGAAACAAUAACGCCUUUGCACGUACAAUGCUCGAAUAUCGCUCGAAGUUUCAUUUAGAAACGUUGCGGGAUCAUCGAAUUAGACGUGUCAAGCUCACGUUUUUCUCUCGGUAAAAAGGAUUUUAACCGGAAAAACGCGGAACAGUAAUGUACCUAAUUAUGACAAUGUAGAGUACACUGGUUGGUAUUGAUUAAUAUUCGCUCGCAUGGCACUUGGCUUAUGUUCGGAUGGGGAAGGGGGCGAUUCAACAUCGGAUACGAGCAAGAUGAUAACAUUGAUAUUCAAGUUUAGUUACGAAUAUCGCGUUAAACUUUGUACAGGUGUCUAUGUCGGGCUUUACUUCACGCUAGGGACAUCUAAAGAAAGUACGUUAGUAGGUACCCGAGAUUGAUACGCGAUUCUUGUGUGCCACUAAUGACAGUUCUCUUGGUGAUGGUGAACGUUAUAAUGAUGGCAUAAAAUUUUGUCACCGAAUUGUGGUGAUAUGUGAGCAUGAACGUGACAAGUUCCGAGACAGCGUAUUAGUGACACCGUGUCAGUGCGGAGUGCGUAAAGCAGCUAAUCUGCAUCCCAUUUGACUUUCUGAAUUGUUAAUCUGAAAGCGCGUCGUCUUUGCAGACCUCAAGAUAUUAUAGUUUCGAGGUAGCGUACGCCGUUAAUGGAACUAACAAGUGCAUUCAUGAUUCCUGCUACUCUAUCCGCGGACUUCGAAAAUUGGACGGACGGCCAGUGCUGUUAUCGUGCAUCGAUUGACGAGGUGGUGACGAACAGACUCGUGGAAACGUCGCAGCUCCUCCCCGCGUACUCCUCGCCGACAGAGCAGAGAGAAUCCGGUGAAGCACGAGGGCGGCGACGUUCCUGAGCUCCAAGACGACCCGGAAGACAAUGCGCGAUUUAUUUACAUGCAACGAGAGUGCAACAUUCGCAGCGCGCGAGUGAAUUACCUCGGCGCGACUUCGCGUUAAUCGGCUUUCCGCGAGGACGCGGGAAAAGUCACCGAUUCUCCAUAGAGAUCUUCCACGGAGUCGGCGGUCGUGCAUUAAAACAGCGCGGGAACUCUCCCGACGACAAGGAGAUAAGAAUAAGGAGCGAGACCGGGUGAAACAUCCACCGAGGGCGCGAAUCGGCGCUCGCGGGCGUGCAUCGCGCUUACUUAUUACGGAAAUCCGGUUUGUUGGAAUGAGGCUUUGAAGUUUCUAUCGUUCGUCGACCGUGCUCCAUCUUCCACCGUUGCCGUUCGUUUCUCUCUUUUCGUUCUAUUUUUUUGCUUGCACCCGGAGAAAAGAUAGGAAAGCGGAAAACCGAGUGGCUUCGUAUUCAGACGGUAGGGAGAAAGUUUAAGUGACUCAUGGAGACUCCUUCGAAAAUUCGCUCCGCGCUGUUCUUUAAGUUUCUGUUUUCCCGAUGAGAACGAGAAAUACAGACGGGAACGGAGAGAAGGAGGCAGAAAGGAUUAGCAGCCAUCGCUUUUCCGAGACGUUACUUUCCGCCCGUUUUCCGCGUACUGUGCGAUAAUGCAUUAGUCAGUACCAGUUAACACUCGUAUAUUGCGACUUGUUUGCGAACUUAAAUUAAGUCGCUAAAAAACUCGGCCUGAUACUGCGAGACUUGAUGCUACACUCAUGAACAAGCGAGAUGAACAAUGAAUAAUUAAAUGAAUAAUUGUGUUUGUUACGUCUGGCAAUUUACUUCUCUCUUUUUUACUAGUUUUUCUCAAGAAAAUUUGAGAAAGCUAAUUAUCGAUAUUAUUUUGAAAUUUUAUGAAUUGUUAUCUAUUAUUAAUUGCAAAAGUUCUAGAACGUUAAAAAUUAAAUUAAUAAGCCACUUUGAAAAUAUUAUCGGAUGCUAAUAACUUCAGCUCUGGCAGGAGAAUCUGUAAAA